CAACCGUGAUAGUACAAAUAAUUAUCAUGUCCAAAUCAUUUAUACAAACUUUAAAUAAAAUCAAAAAACUUGUUAAUUACGUUUGACCACCAGCAAAUACUUUGAUCGUGGUCUCGUGUCGUGUGGCUACGCUGGCCACAAUAGUUAUCGGAUAUCGAUUUUACUUGCGACCGCUGUUUCUUCAAGGCGUCUGUUUGGUCUUGUGUUUGUGAUUAUUGUUUGGCGCCGUUAUUUGUUUAUUACUGACUAUUAUUGAUUGCCCACGAUGUCCGACGACGACUGCGAUAUAUUCAGUGCUGCUCGCAAGCGGAUACCCGAAAUAGCUUUGCCCAAAGAAUCUUACAAUCUUGGCAAUGAUUCCUUCUCCAAGGAGGUGGAUUACGAUUUCAUUGAAGACCUCCCCAAGAAAUCAACUAAAACUGGCAAACGAAAGAACCAUGCAGCGACGCGGGAAAAUCCACCGAAAAGUCAGGAGGAUGCUUCGCCCCCAAAACAGGCUGGGGAGCAAGAAAAGGAUGCGAGGAAAGAGCGCUCCCUAUCACCGGUAUCCCUGUUGAUACUGGAGAUGGACGCCAAAGAAUAUGACGUUGGUCCCGUGGCCAGACGCACACGGUCAUCGUUAAAUAAGACAGGAAUUGCGCCACCAUCACCACCACCUGUUUCAGCCACUGUGGAGGUGCCCACACAGGUGAAACCUAAGAAGCGCGGCAAAAAGAAGAGAACACCGCUGACAACCACAACCAACAACUCUGUUUCGGUGGAGGCCUCAUUGCCAAGCAUUGUGGGUCACUUAUAUCAGAACAAGGACCACACUAGCAGACGGCAGACAGUGGCCGAAGUUGCAGCGCGUUCCAAAGUGGUGGACAGUAUUGAUCUGGUAUCUGCGGUGGCUCCCCGAGUGGAGGGCUUUUUUAAUCUAGACUCUGAAGACGAGGGUGAAGAAGAGGCUCCUCCUGUCGUAGAGGAAGAAAAUAUUUUUGAUAACGAUAAUCCCACAAUAGAAGUAGCUUUGUCGUGGCUUGGCGAGAUCCAGAUUUAUAAAUUGCGGCAGCACCAAAAGUUUAAGCAUCUGUUCAAGGAGUUAGCAUCACGCAAUGGGUUAGAUGAGAAUGAUAUAACGGUGGAUAUGUACUAUAACUUCGUUGGACCGGAGGAUACGCCGCACAGCAUUGGUCUCAAAUCAUUUCAUACGCUCACUGGCCAUCUAACAAAGAGCCAGAAUAAUAACCACGUGUCUGCCAAGAAUGACUACAAUCCAGAAGCUCUUUGCCGGAAACCUAAGAAGUUUCAAGUUAAAGUCCAGGCGGAUAAAUGGAAGUAUCCUUUGGUGAUACCCAUGAAGAAAACUGAUAAUUUUAAAAUCCUAUUUAUUAAGUGUGCUGAAGAGUUGAACUGUGAUCCCCGGUCCAUUAAAUUGUUUUUUGACGGUGACUUGCUGGAUCCGAAUGAUACGCCCAAUAACCAGGAUAUGGAGGGCAACGAAGUUAUAGAUCUUAAAAUAAAGGCUUAAAUUUUGAGCAAACCUAUCUAUUAAGCCAAAAAUAUUUGAAAAAAAUUAUAUUAAUGUUUUGUUUACGAUUAGUUAA